AAUAGAUUAUUAUCUAUAUCUGUGGGUGCUGUAAUCGACUGUAUUUAUAACACAGAUCCCAGAAUUAAAGGUUUAUCAGUAUUCAGUAUUUGGUUGUUGUUAUCAGCAAGUUCGAGCAUGGGUCUCGUCCACGAAUUGCGGUUGACGGCCAAUAUAAGGUCGUCGUUCGUGCAAUAAUUCGUAGAUAUUUUAUAGUAUAUUUUAGUAUUUUACCAUUUCGUUGAUGCUGAUACUCGACUGUCGACUAKCAGUUACAAUGUCAACGAUUUUGCCCUCCGCUAGUAAAACGGUCUUGAUCGGCCGUCCCGAAUACCAAUCACUGUUGGAUGGAGUGAAACUAAUUAGCUUAGGAUUGACGAGAAAAGAAGACACGGCGGCGGCCGAUUUGAAAAAUAUGGAAAUCGAUAAAAACAAUUUGUUGGGCCUGCACUGUACAACAUGCCAAGUAGCAUUUGAAUUUUCUGAAGAACACAGAGCACACUAUAAAUCGGACUGGCACCGGUAUAAUUUAAAGCAAAAAAUACGUAACAGGCAAACAAUCGAUGAGCCUAAGUUUCUUGCUCUGGAAAAUAAAGCAAAUGACAGCUCAUCCAGCUGUGAAAGUGAUGAUGAGAUCAAUGCUUACAAUUCACAUUUUUCAAUGGAUUCAAAAUUAUUUUUUGAAAAUAAUUCUGGCAAUGCUUUUUCUGUUUACAGAUGUUUAUUGACUAACAAAAAAGAUAUUCCAAAUGAAGAAAUAGUGGUUAAUUCAUUAAAGUUAAUCAACUCCAAACCAAUGUGGUUUAUUGUUAUGUUAGGAGGUGGUCGUUUUUCAGCUGCUAUAUUUAAAGGUGAAGAAGCAAUUGUUCAUAAAACUUUUCAUUCAUAUACUGUACGAGCAAAACAAGGUGGUUCUCAAAGUACACAAGAUCGAUCAAAAGGUGGAUGUAAAAGUGCUGGUGCAAGUUUACGCAGAUAUAAUGAAGCAUCUCAAUUAAAACAUAUUCAAGAAAUAUUAUCRUCAUGGCUACACCAUAUAAAAUUAUGUAACCUAAUAUUUUAUCGGGCAAUCGGUCCAAAUAAUCGAAAUAUUCUAUUUGGUGGUUCAAACCCAUUAAUAGAUAAAAAUGACAGUAGACUAUGUCAAAUACCAUUUGGAACCAAAAAGGCAACUUUUGCAGAAGUUCAAAAAGUUUGUAACCAACUAUCAACUGUUUCAGUUUAUGAUUCAAAAGAAAUUAUUAAUAAUUCAAUUAAAAAUUAUGUUUUAAAAUUAUUUAAAAAAAGACAAAAUACAGAAUCUAGAACAAAAAAAGUUGCAGAGAAACCUGUUAGAGACAUUAAAAAAUCAAAUGAAAAAGUUUCAGAAAAUAUUCAACUACCUUCAAUGUCAGAUUCUAGUGAAAAUGAUAAUGAAAAUGCAACUGUGGAAUUUCCACAAAGUAAAAUAUUAUGCGAGAAUAAUGGCAGUAUAAUUACAAAUGGUUCGAAAAUUAAAAAACGCAAGAAGAAGAAGAAACCCAAAGACAUAAUUGUUAAAUGUGCUGAAGUUGAAGAACUAAAAAAAUGUUUAUUGCAAACAAUUGAAGAAAAAAAUUCUGAAGCUUUAAGUAAAUACCUUUUAUUGGAAGAUUCUUCUACUAAAGAACAUUUAGAAAAAAGUUUAAAUGAAGCUAUUGAUGAAUCAAAUAACACCUUACUUCAUUUAGCCUCUGCUAACUGUCUUCAUGAUCAUAUUUACUUACUUUUACAACAUGGAUCAAAUCCAAUUCAUAAAAAUAAAGACGCCAAAACACCAUAUGAAUUAGCACCAGAUAAAUCAACUAGAAAAGUGUUUAGAAAAUUCAUGGCUGUUUUUCCUGAUAAAUAUGACUAUGAUAAAUCCCGAUUACCAGGGCCAUUAACAGAAGAGUUACAAGAAGAAUUAAAAGAAAGGAAAAAAGCUAAACAAAAAMGAGCCAAAGAAAGAAAGGUGGUCGAAGAGUUAAAAAGAGAAGAAGAAAUUGAAAAACAAAAAUUUCUUCAAUUAUCAGAUCGAGAAAAGUGUGCAAUAGCUGCAGAAAAACGAUUUAUGACAGUUCAAGGGAAAUUUAAAUUAUUGCGAUGCUUCUAUUGUGGUAAAAACAUAGAAGCAAAAUUUCCUUUUGAAUACAUGGAUUAUAAAUUUUGUAGUGUGCAAUGUGUCAAAAAUCAUAGACUAAAAAAUGUUGUAAUCUAAAAUAUUUUAUUGUAAUAAAAAUUAUUUUAUAACUAAUAAAAUGCUCAAUUCCAUACAACCGCUUUAGGUUUUAUUCAGAACCGAUAAAUAUAUAUACUUAAAUCUAUUGAAAUCCCAAUUAUUUGUCACCAUUGAAGAGCAG